AUGAUUAAGUUUUCGGUGGUGACCUUUGCCCUGCUGCUGGGGGCGGCUUUGGCCAUUGAGCACAGCGGUUUUAUCAGUGAGGUCAAACACAUCCCAUACAAGUGGUACGGCGGCGGCGAAGGUGGCAUCGGCGGUGGAAUGGGCGGCGGAAUUGGUGGCGAACUUGGCGGUGGUAUGGGUGGUGGUUUCGGCGGCGGCAUGGGUGGAGGAAUGGGCGGUGGUUACCGUCAGGGUUGGCUGGAUUACUACUCGUACCCGAAGUACAAGUACGAAUAUGGAGUGAAAGACUACCACACCGGAGACCAUAAAAGUCAAUGGGAGGUACGCGACGGAGAUGUCGUCAAGGGAGAAUACACUCUUGAUGAGCCCGAUGGAACCAAGCGCAUAGUCGAGUACUACGCCGAUGAUAAGCACGGCUUUGAAGCCAAAGUGAAAAAUAUCGGACAUGGAGGAAUGCUCGGUGGUCUAGGCGGAGGUGAGCUGGGCGGAUUCGGAGGAGGCCAUUACGGUGGCUAUAGCUAUAGUAAACUGAAAAAAUACAACUAA